GUAUAAACAGUUUUAAUAUUGUUCUCUCACUCGACCUUAGUGGUUACCUACUCGCCUAAUUAAAAUGACUAUCGAUUUCUACUACGAUUCGUGGAGUCCGCCGUGCAGGACCGUGCAGCUGUUGGCGAGAAUCCUAAACGUUCAGCUCAAUCCCAUUUUAACGAACCCUGCUAAGGGAGACACUCAGAAGCCCGAGUACAAACAAGUAUUUUAACGUGAUAUACGUAUAUAUUAUAUUAAUGCUUGUCAAGACUAUAGUGUAAUCAAUAUUGUCUUCGCGUGGUUUUUUGAUUAUAGUUAAAUCCGCAGCACACAAUACCGACCAUCGUCGACGACGGGUUCGUUUUGAGCGAAAGGUAAGUGUCGAAAAUGUCCAUUAUGCGUUAAAAAAAAAAAAAAAUUCAUCUGCGAUUAUUUUUACGCUUAGAAUAGCCGGUUAAAUUUCUUUCACGCGAAAUACCUGUUAAACCUAUCCAAAGUGUGUAGUACGAUUGUCUAACUUUAUAAGUAUCAAGAAUAGUAAUAUUUGAGGCGGACGGAUUUUCACCGUAAUAGUGGAAAAGCAUAAUUUAUUUUAACCCGCGUGACUACAGUCAGUUAUUAUUUUCGUCGUUGACCAGCACGUCCAACUGGAAUAACUUUACAUAGUUUAAAAUAUUGAACUUUGUUUUUUCACCGAAUUAAGUUAUAUUUAUAUUUUUUUUAUCCAUUCUCACUACCUUAACUGAAGGGUCUUUACUCGAAAUAUUAAUAAUAAUAUUUAUAAUAAUUAUUAUUUCGAUUGAACUCGAACCAUCGUUAUCUAUAUGAGACUAUAAAACAAAUUGGUACAAACAAACUCAUGUACUACCAUCGUUAUCAGCUAAUUUUAUUAUCGCGGUAAUAUCGAUAUAAUAUAACUACAUACAUUCGUUAUACGCAAAAUUCAUAUUUUAUAAUAUAUAAAAUAGGAACAGGCCGACACUUAAACCGAACAGUAGUGUCAAAAAAGUCAUUUUUCGAUUUUCUCAAGAAUUUUUUCAUCAAAUGCGAAAAAAAAAACGAGAAAAUUUACAAAAUAUAAUAAAUAUAAUCUUACGAUUUUUUUUUUCUGUGGACAACUUUUCUACCAACUGCUCCAAUUUUUAAAGAUAGCAAUGUUUCUGAAAGGAAAUUUUACAGGGAAGGUACUUUAAAGAGGUCAUUUUAGGAUUGUCUCAGGAAAUUUCCAGUAAAUGUAAAAAGCCGGGAUAAAACAUGGGAAAACCAGGAAAAACAUUGGAAAAUUGGAAAAAUCAUCACAACAUUAAAUAAAUAUUAUUAAAAAAAAGGAUAUAAAACCUAUUUAAUUAUUUUACUAUAAAAAGACAUAUUUAUUAUUGACAAAUAAUAUCAAUAGCAUCAAUAUCAACUGAACUCCACUCAGAAUCGUUUUUUCGUAAAUAAUGCUUACAGGUAUACAUUAAAUUAUCUAUAACAGUGGCUGUACUUGUUCCCAUUAUCCUAGGAUUUUUUUGUAAUAUGUCUCUAAAAUAUUAUAAAAUAAAACGUUUAAAAAUUUUGCAUUACCGACCGAUACAUUAGUUAAUUGCACUAUCAACUCGUGGUAGUCGGUAGCGAAAAUCGACUUUAUAACAGUAUAGCAUCUGUUGGAAUAUCAAACGAGGGUAAAAAGUGGUAUCGGCCCAUCACUAAUAUAAAACGGAGUAUACGUGAUCGCCAAACUCGCCAUAAUUAUUUAUACGGAGAGGUAUUUUAUAAUCGCCUCCGCGGUACAAUGCUGCUAAACUACACGCGUUUUCGUCUAAUAGCUUUGUCGUAUAGUUAAUAAUGUAUUAUUAUUAUUGUCGCUUAAAACACUAGCGAGCAUUAUAAAAUAGCGUGGGUAGGAAGAUGUACAUACUUAGAACCUGAUGAAUAUUCACGAGUUGUCAGUGUUUGAUGACAGCACUUUACAAUCACGUCUUUAGUCAAAAUCAUUUUUAAAUUCCGAACGCAGUGAAGAAUAUGUAGGUUUAAAUAUAAAGCGGGCUUGUUUUUGAACUAUCUAUUCGAGUGUCAGUAAACAAACUUUUUUACCAAACAUUUUACUCCGAUCAAAAAACAACAAGAGAGCAUUUUUCUAAUGAAUUUAUUGAAUUGUUUGAAGAUUUAAGGCGAAAUUUAUUUAGAGUUUAUUUUAAAGUUUACUUAGUGGUAAAAAAAAAGUCCAUAUGCAAUAUGAUAUUAAAUUACACGGUUUUUGUUUUUUUCAUAUAGGUUUAUAACUUCCAUGGAAAACAUUACGUGUUAAUUUCUAUCGUUACUCGUUUAGGAGAUCAUUUUGGUAAUCAAUUUUAAUUCCCCAAACGCCCGUAAAUAAUAUCAGUAAACUUUAAAUAAUUAAAUUGUUCAAACAAAUCGAUUUAUAAAAACGACUUUAUUAUGCACGCACAACGUGUUUAAGAAGAAACAGUUUAUCGUUGUUUUUAUAUUAUUAGUUUUUGUUGUAGCUGAUCUUUAUUAGCUAUAUCCUAUAAUAGUAAUUUCUUUAACGUUUAUUCUUGUGUACGUUUUUAAGUCCUAAAGGAGUCCAAUAACUAUAGCGUUAAUGAUUGUUUACAAAAAAAACCAUCUUUAGUAUGCUUGUUGAUAGUGAAAGAACAUAAAAAAAAAAUACAUCAUAGAAACAUUUUUAAGUACCACGAUUACAUAACACUAUAUUAUUAUGUAAGUGCAGCUAAUAGAAAACGUUUUCAUUAAAAAUCAUACUGCUGUGAAAAAUAUUACUUUCAAUAUUUUUUUAAAAAACCGCGUUAACUUUAUAAAUAUUACUACUAGCAGUCCCACGUGAUUUUAUCUGUGCCAGUAUUGGAAAAAGAAACGUGUUUCCCUGAAACUCUUCGAUGUCAUCCCUAUCCCUAUCACAGUUAACCGUUGUUGACAGUUAAUUUAUUUUUUAAAGUGUAUUUUCUUGCUUGUGACAGCCUAAUUAACUAAUAAAAGCUAUUUUUUUUUUUCAUUUUAUUUAAACCAUAUCACCAAGGUAACCCAUCAACGAAACAAAAAUUAAAUUAAAUUUUUGUUCCGAAAUUUCCAAAAUCUUGAGUAAGCCAGUCAAACCAAUACAUUUCUCAAUACGCUCAAAAUCUAAAAAAAAAAAAAAGCUGGUGAUAGGUGUACCAUUAUUUUAGGAGGAAAGUUGAAAUAGAGGAUAUAUUGUAGUUUCGUUUAUAUCUAUAUGCCACUAUAAUGCAGUUUUAAUGAAAAGAUCCGAAUCUUUCAGAGCAGAGUAUUAUUAUUCUUACUGUUUUUGGUUGCUAAGGAACAUUGUUCAAGUAACCCAGAAAUUAACAAAAAUUAUAAUAUUAGAAAUUGUCAACAAUAAAAAUCACAAACAAUGUUUAAAAAUAUAUCAUCUUUAGGUAGGAUCAACUCGAUCAAAAAAAGAAAGUUUUUGAUUAGAGCAAGAUUUCUGGUAGAAAAUUUUUUUACUGACAUAAAAAAAUAAAUAAAAAGAACACAUUAUAGGUAAUAAACCACCUGUUUCACUCAGAAUCGAAAAUGUUUUAUUACAGCCGAACUAUCUGCAAAUACCUGGUCGAGAAAUACGGUUCUACCGGCACCGGGACAUAUUCUAAAAAUCGACUCUAUCCGGCAGAUUUACAAAAAAGAGCGACAAUCGAUCACCGACUGGAUUUCGAUCUGGGAGCAUUGUACAGACGCGUAUCCGAUUAUUUCGUGAGUAUUCAUUAUGAUAGUAUUUAUUAUCUCUUUUCUUUUCUUUUCCAUACAGUCUUUUUUUCAGUUACGAAAUUAUCGCCUAUACGGUGCGUAAAUAUUUUUUUCUAAGAUAAUAUUUUGACGGAUUUACUUUACUAAACUUUAAUUUACUAAAGAGACCAAUAAGGACACCUUGGUACGCGAUAACUGAAAUGUUUAGACUUGCAUGUAUAAAUAUUGCUCGAUAAACGAAUGUUUUCUAUUAUUUGUAUUGCUUUUACUAGAUAAAUACUACCGAUAAGUAAGGAUAUAUUAUUGUUUACGCACUUGAAAAUCAAUACCAAGUUUUCACUGAAAAUAUAUGCAAGUUUUUAGAUGUCCUCCUAGCUCAAAACAUGGGUUUUAUAAAAGAUUCUGCAUAUCUAUCAGUCAGUUUUUUCGAUAAAAAUUAAUGAACCUAUGAAAAAAAAUUAUUAUUUCAGACACCUGUGAAUGAUUUCACAGUAAGCAUGGCAAUUUGGAGAAAUUUUCGUAUUUUACCAUUCUUUCAAAAACGACUUUAACGAUAAUCGUGGUUGAGAGCUGAAACUAUUUAUAGGCAUUAUACCUUAACAAGUUUUGUUUAAUUAUUAUUUGGUUUUAUAGGAAUACAAUUUUUUUGACCGGACAUAAAUGCUUGAAAAUUGUAUACGAGGUUCAUUAUAAGUUUUAUAAGUGGUCAAAAGAAAAAAAAGUUAAAAACGUAAUGUAGUAAUUUUUGUAUACAAUUUUUAAAUUUUUUAUACUUCGCUCAGAAUGUUGGUAACGAUUUAUCGUUGCAUUUACAUUUAUCAAUUAAAUAACCCUAUAUAUCGACCUUCCCACCUAAAACAGUGGCAUACCCAUCAGUAGUAUUAGUUUCAUUUUUUUUUAAAUUUCGUAAUAUUGUAAGUACCUACUUAUUCAUUUUCAUUUGUGAACUUCAUGAUUUUUCUCUUGUCUCGUAAAACAAUUGUACGAUUUUUAUAUAUAUUAUUGACACGAAUGUCGAGCAUAAAAUUGAGUUGGAUAAUAACAUUUACCAAACGACACAUUUGAUCCGUUGGAUAUGAAGUAUCUGUAUAUCAUAAAGUAAGUACUUGAGCGUUAUAAUGUAUUGUCUAAAUUUCAGUGCACUCUGAAAUCGUGGGUCCCCGUAAACGAUAGUCGGAUGAAUAUUUUAAUAGAGUAGGUAGAGGUAUACAUAGUAACGAAAUACAAUUAAUGUUUUAAGGCAAUUUCGCUUAUUAGAUUUGACUCCUGUACAUAAAUAUAGCACAGCAUAGCAGAAAGCACUCUCACAUAAAACGUUUUACGCAAACAGACCUCCGCAUUAUAAUAAUAAUGUUAUUACAGUAUGUACCUACCUACCUGCCUGCCUACAAUCUCUGGGUAAAAUUUAAUUUGCGAUAUGUAAACCCUUUCAAUAUGCGGGCAUAUAGAGACACGAAGAUAAGAACAAGAUUUUAAACAUUUUUGUUUGAUCAAUUUAAUUACAUUUUUCCUGCUCAUGUUUAUUUUUUAACAUUCAAGCACUCAGAUAAAUUUUAAAAGACAACGUUAUAAAAAAAUAAAUAACUACACGUAUUAUUGAAUUACUACUGUACUAACAUACCUAUUUUAUGAGUUUCGUCAGUUUUUAUUUUUCAAACGCAUGGUUUAAUUUUAAGGAAUACUUAUUAAAAAAAAUUUUUUUUCUCACAAUAAGUACAGUUGAAUCAUAUAAUAACAUUGAACUGUGUAAAGUAAACAAUGUUCGAAUAAAUUACACGUUGGAGGUACAAACUGGAUAGGAAAUCCAUGAUUAGAAAAGAACGGAGGAGACGUGAGACGGGAUAAUUCUUAAAGGCCUAGAAAUCAGAAAAAGAAGAUACAAUAUUCAAAUUCACUCGAUAUUCAUGAAAUCACGAAAUAUUCAAAUGAUGAUAUACCAAUACGAAACAUGUUCAACGUUCGUUAUUAUAUACGAAUCGCACGUUAUAUUUACCAAUUUAUUAUUACAUCGUAUAUCCGAUAAUUUUUCACAUGUUCUUUUAAACUACGUGUUUUACAACUAACUGGUAAAAACCCAUAGCUAUUUUUAAAAAAUGUCGAAAACUUACUGUGUGAUAAACACUGUAAAACAACUUGUAUAAAACAGAACAAGAACUAAUUCGUUUGUAAUCAAACGAAUUGCAUAACAGAUAAAAAUAUAUUAUUUCCUUUGACUGAACAGAACUGAACAGUUUUUUUCGUCUUUUAAAUACAUCGUAAUUUAAUAUAAACAAUUAUUGCAGUUUACAUAACUAUAAUAAUAAGUACGAUAGAAAAAAAUUGUUCAGCACCAAUCAAAUAAAUAAUAUUAAUCAACGCAAUAAUAGUAUAACCUUUGAUCAAUUACAACACGUUUGUGACACACACGGACAAAACCUGUACAUGUUUAUCUUGUUAUGUUUAUUUAAUUAUAACAAGAUAAAAACAGCAAAACGAAAAGAUUAAUUAAUUAAUUAAUUCAAGUGUCAGUAACCGUUGUCAAUCAAAAUUGUUUUAUUUUGAACAUACAAAUCGUGACGUUCAAGUUGAAAUUAAUGAGUGUAAACACAAAUAAUACAAUUUAAAGAAAAACAAAUUUUCGAGGAGGGGUACUAAAAUAUUGUUAUGCAAGUUUUUGCUUUAUUUUCGUAAAAUAGCAGAUAAUAUAAUAUAGCUAUAACUUUUUCAAUUGGUAAUUUUUUAGAACAAAUAUGCGUAUGCGUACUGCACUACUGCCCAAUAUCGAAAUCAUUUUCAUUAUUAAAUUUUGUUAUCCGGGCGCUUAUCGCAGGUCAACCGAUUAUCGAUUCGUCCGAAUCUCGAAAAUAAGCCCUCUGUGAUCAACUGUAAUGUCUGAACGCUACAAUUUAUGUACUAAGUCCAUCGUGGCUGACUCGGAGAAUAUACGACAGGUAUACCCACACCACUAAGUAUCCACCGCCAAAAAUGAACACGUAUGAGAACGUGGGGGAGAACGAGGACAUUUUAUUAUUUAAUAGUAUGUUUUAUACUCUGAUCGCAUUGAUUUAAAAACCGGUUGUAUGAAACACUUGGUUUUAAAAUAGCAUAGAAUAAAAAUGUUCCAAUUCAAUUAUAAUUUAAAAUAUUAUUAUAAGGUCCUCUUGGAGCGCUAUCGGCAAAAUAUUAAAUAAAUAAAAGAAAGUCAUACAAUCGCCCUUCAAUACGUGAAAAGCUUCUCGUGUUUAAAUGUGUAUAUUAUGUUAUCACUAUUAUAAUAUAAUCGAUUUCGAUAUGUUAUACGCGAUAAAAUAUUUGCUUUAAUGUUCUCCAUUAUUAUUCGCAUUUAGUUCGUUUUAUAAACGUGUAAUAUUUGAAAAUGCUAUUUUUAUAAUUUUUUUUUUUUUUUUUUCAAGUAUCCAGGUAUUCGAUAGCCGCCACAAUUUACUAAAUAACGUAAUUUUGUUAUUUUGACCGUUAAUUAAAGGCCAAGACAGUAAAUACGGAUAUAACAUCGGGACACGUAGAUAAUUUUAUUUCAAACCGUAUCUACCGCGUGCGUUUUAUUCGAAAAAACGACGUAUGCACCUACACCUCUGAAACUUCUGUACGGAUAUACGUCCUAUCCAUGGCGAUUACCCUUACGGGAUUACCUAGCGACUACGUCUAUCCGUAGAAAUGCUCUCACAGAACAACAUUUUUACCGUACCGUCGGGAUGGGUUUACAGGGUAGGUACCUUACAAUAUACAAAACGAUGUGUAUACUAUGGAGUUUGUUGCGAAUUUAUUGCACCAAAAAUGUUUUCUAAAAACAAAAUUGAAAAUACCUACUAUACCAACUGCAAAUAAUUUCAAAACGAAAAAGAAAAAACCGCAUGCAUAUUAAAUCAGUUGAACUAUUAUUAUUACUAUAUCCAGAAAAAAUAAUAACAAUAGUUGGCCGUUGUCGGAACUUAUUUCGGAUAAAUUUGAAUGCAGCUUGUAGCAGAUAAUACGGCUGCCUGCAACGACUCCACGAACCAACGAAACGAAACGUGUCGGUAAUUUAAAUUUCCCGCGCCGCUGUGUAUCGAAAAUACGCAACGUGAAUUUUAAUACUACAUAAAAAAUCCCAUCCUCUUUAUCGUUUUAAAUUUCGGACCAAAACUUUUCUCACCCCAAGGGUCGUUUGAUUGUCGAGCAUAAAAAUUGUAAUAUAUUAUACGGUCUUGCGUCAUAUUUUAGUAAAUAAACACACGCCUUUGAGAUGUAUUAGUUUUACUAUGACGUGUUUGUUUUUGUGCGUAUGUAAACACAUUUUCUACCAGAAAUCUUAUUGCGAUUUUCAAACGUGUAACAUCUUUUCCGAAAGUUCAGUUUUCUUAAUAAUCGGGAAAAGCUAGUUUAAACGUAUAGGAAAAACGGAAAAACUUACGGCCAUAACAGCAUAGGUGUAGGAAGUGGGGCCUAAGGGGGCUAUAGCCCUCCCAAAAUCUUUUCUAGCUCUCUCGGCAUUUCUUACAGUUUCCCCUGUAAAAUGAACAAGAUUUUCACGUUACCUUUUUUUUCGGAUUUAAAAAAAUGUCAACAGAAAGUUAAAAUAUUGGAGUUACUAUUGGUGAAUUUACGAAAUUAAAAUAUAAUGAGAGUUCAGCAUUUUAUUGAACAAUAUAAGAUAAAGUAUUUUGUUGGAUGAUAAAAAUGAUUUAUUAAAGAUUCUGAGUGUAACGAAAAAGCUAUUAGUUAUAAAAAGAUUUGUGUUUUUGUGGUUAUAAAACAUGGUUUGAUUUUUAUCAUACAAUAUCAAUAAAUGUAUAUUUCCGCCUGAUUUUACCGUACUUUUUUUAAAAUGCAGUUGUUCUAAAAAAUUGUUUUUUUCUUUUCUUCAUAAUCACUUUUUUGGUUACACAAAUUCUUUGUUUUUUUACACAUGGUACCUACUUAAAUAAAUCCAGAAUUUCUGUAAAUUGGUGGAUAUUGCGAUACUUCAACACAUUUGACAUAGUUGGUUCCGUUCGCCUAUUUUGAUUUUGUUUCUUUAUGGCCAGCUCUUUUGUACCAAAUGUCAAGUGCAGCAUAGAUUUUGAAGGGAAAUUUUAUCCAAUAUGAAUAUUGGGAGAUGGUUUUUUUAAAUGAUUAGGGAAAACGAAUAAAGUUACGGAAAUAACAAUUAUAUUAUUUUCGAUUUUAUGUUUUUGUUGUAAAUCGGUUAAAAAUAAUCGUAGAGAACUGUAAUACUUACAGAAUACUUAUGGAAAUUUUCGAGCUUAUUUUAUUAGGUAGUUCAAAAUAUUAUCAUCUUGAGAAAUGUUGUAUGAAUAAUAUUAUUUCCUUUAUUAUACAGACUCCGGCGUUUAUGAGCGGACAUUACGGAACGGCGGCCUUGCCGAAAUUGAACGCCGCUCUAGAAAUACUCGACGCGUACUUGGCCAAAACGAAGUGGCUAACUGGACCCGAAGUAACCCUUGCCGAUAUCGUGGUGGUAGUGACGAUUUCGAGUUUAGAGGUGAGUAUACCUACCACGAAUACAAUAAUUAUUAUAGAUCAAGCGGCAUAUUAUGGUUUUAUUUUUUUUUUCCAAAAAUCAAAAAUCACUUGUCGCUUCUAUAAUUUAAUUAUAAAAACUGUUUUGCAUGGAGGAAAAACUCCACGGACUAUAGAAUUAAUAAUUAAGAAAUCUAAUUUCCACUAUAAAUAAAGAAGAGCAUAUACUGUGUGACGUUGAUUAUUGUUAUUAAGUUGUUAUUGUUUAAAAAUCUGAUAAUUUCUAGUUUUAUAAACUCGAAUAGUUAAUCGUGAUAACGAAAAACUAAUGCCAAUAUUGCACCUUACAAGUUCUCUUUGUUUCAUUGUGAAAAUUUGGUUUUUUAACUAAAUCCACAGUCUUGGUAGUUUUUACUCACGUAAAACGGUUUUUCGUAAACAUUUUUGUUAAUUACACGUUUACGCAAUAAAUACUUGUAAAAAUUACACGGGACCAGAAGCGGCACCAAGGAUGGGGGAUGUUUUGGUUUUCUGAAUACCCCGCUAUCUGUGUUUCAAUAAAGUCAAUUUAUUAAAAAGCACUACAUAGAUUUGAUAAAAUUUAAUUUUUACAAAAAUGCCAAGAUAAUUGCCUAUACGCAAUACCUAAAACACGAGAAGUAGCACCUUCGUAGUGACAUUUGGAUUUAAUUGGUACAAUUGAAAUCGGCAGUAGAUUGUAACUUGCACAUGUCUCAUAAAAGUUAAUUGUUACUAUACGCAAUUCCGAUAAACGUAUGAUAAAAAAUAAACGUUUUUAAGUUUUAAAAUUAAAGUUAGUCUAUAAAAUAAUAGUUCGGGAAAACGGUCAUUAUUGGCUUGACCGCGAAAAUUGCUCUAUCGUCGUAAUAAUAUUAUUACCACGUUUGAUUAACGUUCUAAUAUUUGUCUCGCCUUCUCCACCCAUAGUUACAUCCGUGUUCAAUUGCACGUCCUAUAACCGCGACGUGCGUAAUGUUACGACUUAUUGAACGCGUUUAUGACGCAAUGAUAAUACUUCAAUAAGUUUUAUUUCCCUGAUUAAUAUCCACCGAGAAUGCCAAACUAAAAAAAAAACCCCUUAUUGUAUUGUGAUCGUAUUUUGUUUGUCUAUUUAGAUCGUGGGAUUCGAUUUGAACGCUUACCCCAACGUACUGAGAUGGUUCGAAGAUGCGCGAAACACGCUGCCGGGAUACGAGGAAGCCAACCACAAAGGAACGGUGGAAUUCAAAGAGUACCUGUUUUCCAAGUUGAAAAAUAAUUAAAAUGCAAUCGAUUUAUAAACCAGCCCAAAUAAUAAUUCUAUAAUCACUGUAUUAUCAAAUUUAUUGGUUCACUACUAACUAUACUAUUCCGAAAAACUUACAGCGUGAAAUUAGAAGAAAUAAAAACAAACUAACUUGAUCACUUGAAAUUUUUUUUGUUUUCCAAUCCCAAUAAAUAAUUAUCUGUUUCUUGUUU